AUUACGUUAGAUAUUUGAAACAUAUUCUCAGAAGUAUGGACGAAAGUAAAAAUGAAGUCAAAAUUGGAAUUAUUGGUGAAUCUGGGCUCGACACACUAACUGUACUAUCGGAUAGAAAAGAAUGCUCUGUAUGCACACCCUUUGGAAAGCCUUCAGAUCUUAUUAUUGAAGGAUCUAUUGAAAAUGUGAACUGUGCUCUUCUAUCGCGCAAUGGACGUCUUCAUGAUAUUAUGCCAUCGAAUAUUAAUUAUAGAGCUAACAUCUGGGCGAUGCGUAAGUUGGGAUGCACCCAUAUAAUAGGUACGCACACCGUCGGUUCGCUGCGUGACAAUAUUUAUGCUGGAGACAUUAUUGUCCCGCACGAUAUAAUUGACAAUACAUCAAAACGUGUUCAAACAUUUUAUGACGGCGCUGUGGGCAGCCCAUUUGGCGUGUGCCAUCUCCCAAUGUAUCCAGCAUUUUGCGAACGUACAAGGGACCAUCUCUUAAGAGCAACCAAAGAUCUAAAAUUUCCUAUACAUUCUAAGGCAACUGUAAUCACAUUAGAAGGGCCUCGUUAUUCUACUUUUGCAGAAAAUAACGCAUAUCGCAAUUGGGGAGCUGAUGUCAUAAGCAUGACACUAUGUCCAGAAGCAGUUUUGGCUAAAGAAGCCGGUAUCCUGUACGCAUCUUUGAGUUUCGUGACCAAUAAAGAGUGUUGGUGUGCUAAACAGCCAAUAGCAACUACCACUGAAAUAAUAUAUACAUUCAAAAAGCAGGUUGAUAAAGUUCAAGCAAUUCUAAUGAAUGCUAUUCAAGAGAUUUCAAAGAUGGACUGGACAGAAGACAUAUUAAAAGCUAAGAUUUUGGUGUGCAGCAAUUUUUCUAACCGUAUCGAAUAAAACCGAUCUACUAAAUAUAUGUAAUAAAACUUGA